GUGUAGUGUCGUUCCUUUUUAAAUUCCAAGAAAUCCCCAAAAUUUGUCUCAGUGAACUAGGGUUAGGGUUUUAGUUUUGAGAGAAAAGCAUCCCUCUUUCUCUCUCUCUCUCUCUUUCUUCAGUUCCAUUUCCAUGGCGUCGACGGCACCACCACCACCACAGCAGGAGCAACAAGCAAGCGGCGGCGGCGGUUCGGUUGCGAAGCCAGGAAUGAGGAAGCCGGUGUUCGUGAGGGUGGAUCAGCUGAAACCAGGAACCAACGGUCACACUCUCAUCGUGAAGGUAGUCACUGCUAACACCGUCUUGCAGAAGAAAGGCCGCAACUCUCAGCUCCUCAGCCGCGGCUCCGCCGGCCAAACUCGUAUCUCUGAGUGCCUCGUUGGUGACGAUACCGGCUCCAUUCUCUUCACUGCCCGUAACGAUCAAGUCGACCUGAUGAAACCGGGCGCCACCGUCAUUCUUCGCAAUGCAAAGAUUGACAUGUUUAAAGGAUCUAUGAGGCUAGCUGUUGACAAAUGGGGCCGCAUUGAGGUUACUGAGCCAGCAAAGUUUGUGGUUAAAGAGGAUAAUAACCUGUCUCUAGUUGAGUAUGAAUUGGUCAAUGUUGUUGAAGAAUGAUUCUUGGAAGUUGGUGUUUUUGGUAUCUAAGUAUUUUAUGAAGUUUGGCCAUUGUUUUUACAGUCUUCCAUCACCAUGGGAUGCAACUUAGGUACAUUUUUCUUUUUUCUGACAGAUGGUUUUGGUAUACAGAUAUCUGUAGAAUCAUAGUUGCUCUGCCUUUUGUGUGACGAUCUUAGCAUGUAGUAGGAACCAAUGUCGGUUUCUGUAGUUGGUGUGCAAAAAGGAUUGUGCAUUUUGCUAAAAAAAACCUGUCUUUAUGUGCUAUGAAUCGUUAAAAUAUAUGUUAAAGCUUUUGGGUCUAAA